GGUGAAGACAUUUAAAGAUCCAGAUAAUCAAAGCCUAUUUAUAAGACAGCAGUGCGUAGUGGACGUGAAUUAAAUUAAAACAGCCCAACUUGUGGAUGAGAGCGCUGUUUUCCACCGAACACGUGACCGACGGAGACGGUUCCCUCCCGGUGACGCGGGCGCGUCAACACGGGAGACGGGAGGACAAACACGGCCAGCUGCUGCAAACACGAGCCAUCUGUUGUGUGUCCGACCUCCGCAGACUCACCACCGGAUCGCUGUGAUCGAUGAGGGAUCGAUGAUCAGCUGGUAAUCGGAUCAAACAGUGACGUCUGGGCGUCAGUCAGGCGGAAGAGAGAUGCGUUGCCUGGUAACAGAAACAGGACUGAGGAGGAAAACAGGCCAGCAUCACUCAGCAUGAACAUCUCCAGCUUCAAAGGUCCAGUCCCCCAGUGAGGUCUGCGGUUUAGGAUGUGCCUGUAGUCGACGCUGAGGGUGAAUCAGCCGCCAUGCCCUGUUCCUGUGCAGAGUGGAGGAGGUGGAUCCGCCCGCUGGUCCUGCUCCUCUAUGCUCUCUUGCUGGUGGCCGUGCUGCCGCUGUGCAUCUGGGAGCUGCAGAAAGAUAAGGUCGGGACACACAGUAAAGCCUGGUUCAUCGCUGGUGUUUUCGUCUUUCUGACCAUCCCAAUUUCACUGUGGGGGAUUCUGCAGCACAUGGUGCACUACACCCAGCCUGAGCUGCAGAAGCCCAUCAUCAGAAUCCUAUGGAUGGUGCCCAUCUACAGUCUGGACAGUUUUCUGGCCCUGCGGUAUCCCAGCCUGGCCAUCUACGCGGACACGUGCCGGGAGUGUUACGAGGCCUACGUCAUCUACAACUUCCUGGUGUUCCUGCUCAACUUCCUCAGUAACCAGUACCCCAGCCUGGUGCUCAUGCUGGAGGUCCAGCAGCAGCAGCCACACCUGCCCCCGCUCUGCUGCUGCCCGCCAUGGCCCAUGGGAGAGGUGCUGCUGUUCAGGUGUAAGCUGGGAGUCCUCCAGUACACAGUGGUCAGACCCGUAACCACGGUGAUAGCCCUUAUCUGUCAGCUGUGUGGGGUCUAUGACGAAGCCAACUUCAGCUUCAGGACCGCCUGGUCCUACCUGGUCAUCAUCAACAACAUAUCACAGCUGUUCGCCAUGUACUGUCUGGUGCUGCUGUACCGAGCGCUCAGAGAGGAGCUGGCUCCCAUCAGGCCUGUGGGAAAGUUCCUGUGUGUCAAACUGGUGGUGUUUGUCUCCUUCUGGCAGGCUGUGUUGAUAGCAUUCCUGGUGAAGGUCGGCGUGAUCUCUGACAAACAUACCUGGGACUGGGACAGCGUGGAGGCCGUGGCUACUGGACUGCAGGACUUCAUCAUCUGCAUUGAGAUGUUCCUGGCCGCCAUCGCUCACCACUACACCUUCACCUACAAGCCCUAUGUGCAGGAAGCGGAGGAGGGCUCGUGUUUCGACAGCUUUUUGGCCAUGUGGGAUUUUUCUGAUAUCAGAGCUGAUGUCACAGAGCAGGUCCGCCACGUCGGUGAGUCGCUCACGUUAUUAUAAAUCUUAAAUCACACC